AUGAUCCAGUUUGCAACCAGGACCGACCGGUUUGUCCUGCUUUUGGCCACAGUCGCGGCUGCUGUGGCGGGAGCUGCACUGUCGGCUGUCUCCGUCAUAGUUGGUGCAUUUACUCAGCACUUCAGUGACUUUCUCGGAGCGAAGGGGUCCGCGGAAGACCUUGUCCACAGUACCCGGCACUUGGCCCUAUAUUUUAUAUACCUUGGGCUCAUCUCAUUUGUCGGGUUAUCACUCAGCACACUCGGGUUUACCCGUGUCGCUGAGUCCAGCACUUACCGUCUCCGGAGGGCAUACCUGUCAUCCCUCCUGAGGCAAGAUGUUGCGUACUUUGAGUCUACUGGCCCUGGGGAGGUAGUCUCGCGUGUCACUACCGAUAUGAGUCUCAUUAUCGACACUUUGUCUAACAAAAUGUGUCUGCUGUUAACUGGCCUCUUCGCUUUCGUGACUUCGCUGAUCAUCGCGCUCUCUUCUAACUGGCGCCUGGCCCUGGUUCUUAUCUGCAUGCCCGCUACUAUGAUUGUGAUUAUGGGAACACUGGGCUCAUACAUGAAUAAGAUGCAGCAAAAGACUGCAAGCGAAUAUGCGAAAUCCGCCAAUUUUGCCGAGGAUGUCUUUUCCUGUGCUCGCAGCGUGAUGGCAGAUGGGGCACAAAGGCGGUUGGAGAGUCGAUAUGAGAAGAUUCUCAUACCUGCACUGAAGGCAGAUCUGCGGGGUAAGGGAGCUAUGGCGAUGAUGGUUGCUAUCGUGAUGAUGGUGAUCCUUUGGGGCUACGGACUUGCUUUCUGGCAAGGAAAUAGAUUCCUACAGAACGGCGAUGCCACCUUAGGCGAAAUUGUGACGGUUUUGCUGACAUGUACGAUGGCUGGUGUAGUUUUGGGUCAAUCGGCACCAUUUGCUGCUUCAGUCAUGCAAGCAAAGGCGAUCUCCGCCGAAAUAUAUGCCACUAUCGAGCAGGUAUCUCCGAUUGAUCCUCUAUCAACAUCUGGAGAGACUCUGGGAUCUGUCACUGGGGAUAUUGAAUUUCGCAAGGUCAAAUUCGCAUACCCCUCUAGACAUACGAAUAUCGUUUUGAACGAAUUUACCAUGAGGAUCAAACCCGGAAAGUCAACCGCGGUUGUUGGUCCAUCAGGAGCUGGCAAAUCAACCCUGAUUGCCCUUGUGGAAAGGUUAUACGAUCCAUUAGAUGGGAAUAUUCUACUUGAUGGACGACCCAUCGACCAGCUAAACCUCCGUUGGAUGCGAUCUCAAAUUGGGCUUGUGCCACAAGAACCUUUUUUAUUCAAUGCCUCAAUAUACGAUAACAUAUUAUACGGGCUAGGCGCGGAGGCGGAAAAGUUUUCUACAGAGACAAUCACAGAAAAGGUGUAUGAGGCGGCCAAACUUGCGAAUAUACAUACCUUCAUUCUGAAUCUCCCUAGGGGAUAUUCAACUAGAGUCGGCCAAGGUGGCAACCUUCUCUCGGGUGGCCAGCGCCAAAGAAUUGCUAUUGCAAGAGCCGUCAUCUCUAACCCACGCAUCUUGCUACUUGAUGAAGCCACAUCAGCAUUGGACACGAAGAACGAGCAUGAUGUUCAGCAGGCUCUUCGGGCAGUCUCCAAAGGACGAACCACGCUCAUUAUUGCACAUCGUUUAUCCACAAUUCAGAGAGCCGACAACAUUGUUUUCAUGGACCACGGAAAACUCAUCGAACAAGGAACACACGAGGAACUAAUGUCUCAACAAUCGGUGUAUUCAAAAAUGGUUCAAGCACAAGAGAUCGGAAAUGCCCCUCUGUCCUACCAUUCCAAAAAGAAGUCAUUCCAUGUGGAGAGGGCAUUGCAGAAGGCAGAAUCUUCUGCAUUGGAUACGGCCUUUCUUAGCCCGCCUGCAAAACCAUCAACAUGGACACAUUUCAAGCUGGUCUGGCACCUCAACCAACCCGAGAAAGGCUUAAUGCUCCUUGGUAUAGCUGCCAGCGUAUUCGCAGGUUCCGGCUACCCGAUUCAAGCCAUCUUCUUUGGCAAUGCCGUCGUGUCUAUUAUCUCUCCAGACCUCAGCACGGAUAGUCAUCCUUCUAAAUUCUGGGCACUCAUGUACUUUGUCCUCGGAAUCGCCCAGCUAAUAGUUUGCGCCUUACAGGGGGGGUGCUUUGCCGUCGCCAGUGCCCGGCUUGCUUACCGCACCCGCACCAGGGCUUUUGCCUCCCUUAUCAACCAAGACAUGGCUUUCUUUAAUCAAGUAGAAAUAUCUUCCGGUUCUCUGGCUGCCUUCCUAUCAACCGACGCUAGCAAAUUGGCAGGUGUCAGCGGAACUACUUUGGGCGCAAUUCUGAACAGUGUCAUGACCCUCAUAACUGCCAUUGCGGUGUCUUGCUCAUUCGGAUGGAGACUGGCUCUGGUAGCUACAUCCACCAUCCCAGUUUUGCUUACGUGCGGGUUCUUACGCUUCUGGGUGAUAUCAUGGGCCGAGUCCCGCACGAAGCGAUCCACUGAUGCUGCGGGUAUGGCAUGUGAGGCUAUUUCAGCAAUAACAACAGUCGCCGCCUUGGGGAUUGAGGAGACCGUUAUGAACCUUUAUUGCGAGAAGCUCCGAGCCGAAAAACCUCAGACGCUCCGUUUUUGUCUCGGAUCCAGCAUCUUGUAUGCUGCAAGCCAGUCCCUCGUUUUUUGGGUGACGGGCUUUCUCUUCUGGUACGGCGGUACCAAACUGGUUGCAUCCGGCGAGUAUACUGUCCAGCAAUUCUUCAUCUGUUUCACAGCCAUUGUCUGGAGCUCCCAAGCUGCGGGUAUGGUGUUUUCGUAUGCUCCAGAUAUCUCAGGAGCCCGAGACGCGGCCGCGCAGCUGGCCGAUCUUCUUUCCAGUCAACCUGAUAUCGACGCGAGUUCCCAAGGUGGUAGUGCAGCCGAAAACGCCUCAACUGAUGUGGUAUUCUCCUCGGUAGAAUCUGAAUUCCCUUCCGCUCGUGACUCCUCGGUGGUUCUACACGACAUUAAUUUCGUUGCCGACAGUGGCAAGUUUACUGCCAUCGUCGGCCCCAGCGGUAGUGGGAAGAGCACCAUGUUGAGCUUGAUUGAACGUUUCUAUGAUCCUAUUCGGGGUACCGUAAUUGUCGGCGGCGUGGAUAUCCGCCGGUAUAAUCUAGCUGAUCUGAGAAGGCAGAUUUCCUUUGUAGGCCAAGAUUCCUGGAUGACAGGCGGGACCAUACGUGACUGCCUGCUUAGCGAGGAACAAGAUUUAUCAGAGGAUGAGAUUGUUGCUGCAUGUCGAGAUGCUAACAUCUACGACUUUAUUAUCUCUCUCCCUGCUGGUUUUAACACCCCCGUCGGUGGCAAAGGAAAUCAGCUAUCUGGCGGCCAGAGACAGAAAAUCGCCAUUGUGAGAGGACUAUUGAGGAAGCCCAGGAUACUUCUUCUUGAUGAAGCAACCUCUGCCCUUGAUUCGGUAUCCGAAAGACAGGUCCGGACUGCUCUCUACAAAGUCGCGGAAGGGCGGACAACAAUUGCUGUUACUCACCACCUGGCUUCAAUUGUACAUGCGGAUUGCGUAUACGUCAUGGACCAAGGAAGGAUCGUUGAACACGGCUGUCAUGAUGAUUUGCUUACUCGGAGAGGCAUGUAUUGGCGACUUUUCACACUUCAAGAUCUUGAAGGCAAAUAA